UUCCCUCCUUCCUCUCCUCCUCUGCCUCCUCCGCAGCCAGGCCAGCUCCCUCUCACAUUAGGUGCCUUAGAGACCCUUGGGAGCCCGCGCACACACCCCUGCACCCGUACCUGACUGACAGCUCCCCCUGAGGGAGCUUGGGUCGCUCGUUGGGGUGGGUGGCCAGAGCCGCGCUCCUCUGUGCCCCCCGACGGCCGGGGGGAGGGGGGAAGAGGCCCCGCGCCCCCCUCCCCGUCGCCAACUCCCCCUGGCGGCAGCUCCCAUGGGUGUCGCUGGGCCGCGCCAUGCCUAAGGGGGCGCCGCGAUGGGCCAAGGGGACGAAAGCGAGCGCAUCGUGAUCAACGUGGGCGGCACGCGCCACCAGACGUACCGCUCGACGCUGCGCACGCUGCCCGGCACGCGGCUUGCCUGGCUGGCGGAGCCGGACGCCCACAGCCACUUCGACUAUGACCCGCGCGCCGACGAAUUCUUCUUCGACCGCCACCCGGGCGUCUUCGCUCACAUCCUGAACUAUUACCGCACCGGCAAGCUACACUGCCCGGCCGACGUGUGCGGUCCGCUCUACGAGGAGGAGCUGGCCUUCUGGGGCAUCGACGAGACGGACGUGGAGCCCUGCUGCUGGAUGACGUACCGCCAGCACCGCGACGCCGAGGAGGCACUGGACAGCUUUGGUGGCGCGCCCCUGGACAACAGCGCGGACGACGCGGAUGCCGACGGCCCUGGCGACUCAGGCGACGGCGAGGACGAGCUGGAGAUGACCAAGAGACUGGCACUCAGUGACUCCCCAGAUGGCCGGCCUGGCGGCUUCUGGCGCCGCUGGCAGCCGCGCAUCUGGGCACUGUUCGAGGACCCCUACUCAUCCCGCUAUGCGCGGUAUGUGGCCUUUGCCUCCCUCUUCUUCAUCCUGGUCUCCAUCACAACCUUCUGUCUGGAGACCCAUGAGCGCUUCAACCCCAUUGUGAACAAGACGGAGAUCGAAAAUGUUCAAAACGGCACACAAGUGCGAUACUAUCGGGAGGCGGAGACGGAGGCCUUCCUCACCUACAUCGAGGGCGUCUGCGUGGUCUGGUUCACCUUCGAGUUCCUCAUGCGCGUCAUCUUCUGCCCCAACAAGGUGGAGUUCAUCAAGAACUCGCUCAAUAUCAUUGACUUUGUGGCCAUCCUCCCCUUCUACCUGGAGGUGGGCCUCAGCGGCCUGUCCUCUAAAGCCGCCAAGGACGUGCUGGGCUUCUUGCGCGUCGUCCGCUUCGUGCGCAUCCUGCGCAUCUUCAAGUUGACCCGCCACUUUGUGGGCCUGCGGGUCCUGGGCCACACGCUCCGCGCCAGCACCAACGAGUUCCUGCUGCUCAUCAUCUUCCUGGCCCUGGGUGUGCUCAUCUUUGCCACCAUGAUCUACUACGCUGAGAGGAUAGGGGCGCAGCCCAAUGACCCCAGCGCCAGCGAGCACACACACUUUAAAAAUAUUCCCAUUGGCUUCUGGUGGGCUGUGGUCACCAUGACGACACUGGGCUAUGGAGACAUGUAUCCUCAGACGUGGUCUGGUAUGUUGGUGGGAGCAUUGUGUGCUCUGGCAGGAGUGCUGACCAUUGCCAUGCCGGUGCCCGUUAUCGUGAACAAUUUCGGGAUGUACUACUCUUUAGCCAUGGCUAAGCAGAAACUACCAAAGAAAAAAAAGAAGCAUAUUCCACGGCCACCACAGCUGGGAUCUCCCAAUUAUUGUAAAUCUGUCGUAAACUCUCCUCACCACAGUACUCAGAGUGACACAUGUCCGCUGGCCCAGGAAGAAAUUUUAGAAAUUAACAGAGCAGAUUCCAAACUGAAUGGGGAGGUGGCGAAGGCCGCGCUGGCGAACGAAGACUGCCCCCACAUAGACCAGGCCCUCACUCCCGAUGAGGGCCUGCCCUUUACCCGCUCGGGCACCCGCGAGAGAUACGGACCCUGCUUCCUCUUAUCAACCGGGGAGUACGCGUGCCCACCUGGUGGAGGAAUGAGAAAGGGUCUGCAGGUGCAGAGCAGAAGUAGGGACUUCACCUGUCCCCCCAAGGAGGGAAGAGAAAGAGGCUGCUAGGCUGGUCUGCUGCAUGGGAAACAAGCCAGCUGGAGAAGAACCUGCCUGCCUCUGCAUGCGGCUGUUGAGUCUCUCCUCCUCCUUCCUUAACAACUAAGUACCGAGCGGGGAGGGGAAGGCACAAGAGGAGCUCAAGUGUUAAUUGUAUUCUCUACAUACAGAUCUUUGCAAAGAAAGCCCUGUCAUUGCUAAGUAUAUGCCGACAGAGGCUGUGAGAGUGACUUGACCAGGCGGCUUGGCCGAGGACACUGGUGGCUAUUAAGCAUCUGGGUGGACCUGCAGCCCCUCCUCACCCUCGGACAGAGUAAAUUCACGCCAUGCAGGUUUGCCGGACGAGUCCGAGUGGCCCAGGCAUUGUCCUAAGACGGACGUAGCUUUUUCUACGGCCAAUGGUAACUGACCGUAGAGGAUCGCCCUUCUUUCUUUUCAUUUUUUUUUUUUUAGAAGUUACCUUUUAUUUGGGGAGGGGGGGGUGAAGGGGAGCCUUAGCAUGACUUGCAUGAAGUUAAACAGAAAACCCAGCUAAACCAAACCCAGCAGCCUCCGCUGUGACUGUAUGACUACUCUCACCACAACCAAGAACGGCGAGAAAAGCAAGGGCUCAACUUUCUUUCAGUGCUCUUUAUUUUGACACACGGUGUCGGAGCCAAGCUGUGAUGGCACUCGGUAGAAGUCUGUACAUUGCUGGGAGCGGGGGGCCAGGGAAGAAGGAUGGGGCUGGGGAACGGACUGCUUUUUGUACACAAGACCCAGAGGAAAGGUUUCAAAAAGGCAGUCAGUCAGUCAUCGGUCAUAUUGACCUCACCUUCGUAGCUCAUCUCUCACGUGGAACACAGAGAACUUUGCUCCGAAUGGGAUUGUGGGAACUCACACAGCCGCCCUCUUCCAUCUCUGUUUGGCAUGCUUCUGACCCAGCGGACGUCUCCCCAAGACCCCGACAGCGGCUAGUUUAGGUUGAUCUCUCAUCCCAGUGUGUAGAUCCAGUGUGACCAAAUCUCACAACGAAUUGUUCAUAGUUACACCAUAUGGAUUUUCUAAUGUCAUUUUAAAGCCAGGAUGUAGAGUACCUCCAGUUCAGGACCACCAGAGGGGUGCCUCCCCUCCACCUUUAUUAAGGCACAACCUGGCAUUGUAUGCAAUUUAGUACUUCAGAGUAAGAAACAAAAACAAAAAACUGCAUGCCCAAUGUUAUGCAAAGAGAUUCGAGCAUGAAAUAAAUUUUGUAACAUGGUUUCUGUCUAGUCUAAAGCAGAUUUGUUUUUCUGAAGCAAUCAGAGGUUUGCAGAGACGUGCUUCUGCAUCUCGAAUAAAUAUAGUAUUUUCCCAACAGAAACAGAGGACAGUAGCUUGGCUUUGGUCUGAUUCUAAAAUUAGUGUGUGUGGGGGGAAGGAUGAUAUUUUUGAAAAACACAUGCUUGAGUUGAAAAAAAAAUGCAACAUCCCGAGCUUCCACUGCACCAUUUCCUGGAAAGACAGCAACCUCCCCUCCCCGGGCCCUGGCCCUGGAAAUAAAAAGCUGACUUCUGAGAUGAA